AAAUUCCAUCACACAAUGUCGAGUUCUGUUGAUUUUUAGUAAUAAUUUAGUGUAAUUUAACUUAAAAAUACUCAAAAAAGACCAAAGAACGCGGAAAAUGUUAAAACAAGAGAACUUGGCUGCCAAUUUAUACGGAUUACUUGCACAAAAGCAAAAAGUGCACGCAAUUGAAUGGCGAAUUCUGGGACAAGAACAGGACGGUUCCUUAUUGGCAUCAUGGGUCACCAAAGGCUCCGACAAGCAAUUUAGCAACAUUGGGCACUAUAAUGUGAAGGAAAAGUCCUUUGAUGUCCUUUUUUCCUUCGAAAAACGGGAAAAUAUCGUGCAAGCAACUGUAAAUCAGUCAAAAACUCUGCUUGUUUUCGUCAUAAAAGACCAAAUCGGGAGCGAAACGAACAAAUUUACGUACAAAGCGACGUUAACGGAGAUUAACAAUGCCAACCCAAAGCCGCCGAUGGUCCUGCAGGAACGCAGUUGCAAGCAAAUCAUGACACAAUUCUUGUGGGGCAAGGCAGGAACGUUCGCCAAAAAGAAUCAAGAUCGAUUUUUGUUGAUGGUGCAUGAGGAAAAUGUCCUUUUGUUCACGGCAACGUUCAAAAAAAGUGACAAAGUACUCGAGGAACAGCUCAAGGACGAUAGAUUGCGUACAGAUCGUAUCGAUUAUACUCGCCCGGAUGGCUGGCACAUGGAUCAGAACCUUUUACGCAAGGAAACAAUCGUUCGGAACUUUUCUUGGGCGCAAUUUGAUCCGCAAAUUCAAGCGUUGUACUACAUUCACGUAAAACAACCGACAAAAUCGCUCUUUGACCUUGGCGAUUCGUCAAAUAACGCAUCUGCGACACCAAAUGUGACGCCAACGCUCUCCGCAUUGCAGUUUCAUGACGAUUUACCGACAGAAACGGUGCUGAAUAUCCCUUUAAACUUGCCGAAAAUCCCAAAUUCCGCGGAUGAGUGUUACGAGGACGACACAAUUCCAUUGCGAGUUCACGAUUCUUCGUUAAAUCUGAUAAUCGUGAGUGACGAAAGCGGUAUGAUCUUCGUGUGUCACUAUUAUUUGUACCAACCGAUCAAGCAGGCGGAUGAGGAUUCGUCGAAAAGUGGCGUGGAUGACGUGCAUUUUGCGUAUUCCGUGACAACUUUGCACCAUGGAUGCGUGAUUCACUGCGUUAUUCCGGGAAUUCCGUGGGAAAAGGCUCGAAUUAUGAAGCCGACGUUCACGUUGCAUGGCGAUCAUCACAUGUUGGUGUUCCAAUCGGACCUUUUUAUGCAUUUACUUGAUGUGGGGUUGAGUCAUGAGCCUUGUUGUCAUCUUGUUUGCCCGCCGUUCACGCGACAUUCGGUUUCGCAUCUCGUUCCGGUCUUCAAGGCGAAUAAUAUUGCCUUUGAUACGGCGACUCUUGACUUAAUUUCCAUCAAAAUCCCAAAAGCGCAUCUAAUUGAAGCCUUUCGGAACGACACUUCGCUGGAUAAUCGUCUCAGUAUCGUGCAUUAUUUCCUUGCGCACAGCAAUGACAUCGAUAUUUUCUCGGAAUUGUUGAAUAUUAUCAUGGAGCGUCCUUUAAGUUUGGAUACGGUGCCACUUUUGAAGGAAGCUCUCAUCUCCGGUGCUUAUUCUUCAAGCAAAAAGGGACUUCCGACAGAUGCUUUGGCACUUUUGACCCUUUUACCGCUCACAACGUCGAAUAUUUCGAAGCCCUUGCAUGCAAAAGUGCUCAAUUUAAGCGUCGGACUGUCACACGAGACGCUCCAUAACACAACAAUGAUGCUUUUAUCGCCCCAGCAACGCCUCUCGCCAUACCGCACGGAUCUCUGGACCAAAUGUUACGAGAAAUUGAACGAAAAUAAGGACUGGAAACGCUUCGUGCCCGAUCAAGUAACGGAAAAAUUGAUGUAUUCUCUUGUGGCGUACCAGCCAGAAGCACUUUCGCGAUGCACGACACCCAUGUCGCCCAGUACUCAGUUUGUGGGAGCGAGUUUUUCGGAUUUGGCAACGAUUUCUGCGUGUACCAGUUCAAAUAAUAAUGCGACACGGCGGAAUCCGUAUGAUGCACUGCCAUUUUUGGAAAUUGAGACGUGUACGGCGAGUAAACAGGAACAUGUGAUUUCGGUUAAUUUGAGGGAACUCAGCAUGCAUCUCGUGAAAUACAGCGUGAAACAGGUUACGGGCUUCCGUUGGUUGAAAGACUCAUUUUUGGAUCGGAAUCCGGCGCCGACUCAUGUGCAUGCGGUUGCCACGAGAUAUGCGACGGCACAAUUGGAGUUGUCGAGAGCACUUUGUACGUUGAUUUGUCGGUCGGCAGGGGUUGAUGCGAGAGUUGAGCAGGACAGAGGAUUCACUUUGAUUGACAAACUACCCUCACAACAACAAUUCAUCUUAUUCGCGAUGCUCGAGAGAUAUUGCUUGGCUGUGGAUUCGCUCGCAUUUCCACUUCCUCAAGGCUUUGCUUCAUUCUUCAGUUACUUAGGAUAUCGCGCACAAUCCUUCGACAUGUUUUUGGACUACGUUCAUCGUCAUGUCUUCGAGCUACAAAUUGAUGUCAUGAAGCAAAUUAUGCAAGACAUUCCCGAUACCAAAGAAGGAGUCAAACAAAAAUUGAGUCUCCUCUCAACUUUACCACGUUCCCGUGCCAAACGUCUCUUGAACAACUGGAAUCACCCCCAAAGCUUGAUCUUGCGUGGUCGAGAUCACGCCUCGUCGAUCCUCUCCGGUAAUCCCGUGCAUCCGAAAUCAUCCGCAAAACGUCGUGUCGAGUCCUUAGUUGUUAAUAUUUGUCCAUGUCUGUCACGGAACAAGACUGAAACGACAUUAAGUACCAAAGAAUGUUCCAAAUUAUACAAAAUAUUGUGUAUAAACACUGAAAAUGCUGAAUUUCAAGCGAAUUGUGGACCUGAAGAGGAUAAAAAUGGUCAAAAAUGUCUUCCUGCUGUCCAUUUUAUCAUUACUGGGUUAGCGUUCAUCCUCAUUGGCACACUUGGUGCUUUGUUCUACGUUUAUUUUGAAGAUGUUAAAGGCGUCCUUCAAAGAAAUCAUUGAAAUUUAUCAUGAAAUUGUCAUUAGUUUAAGCGAAAAAAGUGAUAUUUAGGCCUGUGGCUGUGAAAAAAUUUUUUUUACAAGGAAAUUUUGUAUGUUGAAUUUAAAAAUAUCUCGAAAA